CUCCCUUUCUUUCUUUCUCCCUCCUCUCCUCUUUCUCUCUCUUCCGCCUCUCUCAGCUUUUGGGGGCUUCUCUGAGAAAUUCUCUCCUUUGCUUUUUUCCUCUAUUUUCCUUAGCCUUGGUAAUGUGGUGAUUUGAUUUCUGUUCCUCUUUCUUUUUCUUCUUCUGGCAAGCUCAGCUCUCAGAGUCCUCCACUACAGUGAAUAUUCCGCUCCUUUUUUUGGUUUUUCUCCGGCUGUUUUGCAUGAGUGCUAAGAGCUUACAGAUUGUCAGAUAGAAAACAAAUUUAAGGUCUGUCUGGGUCCAUAAGGAGAGGAAGCUUUGAUAACUUCGAAAGCGCUUGCAACUAUGUUCACCUGUAAGCCUUAUGAGGUUGAUGCAGAUAUGCCUAUUUUUCCUGCCUCAGAAGAUGAACCUGUGGUCUUGGAGCAUUUCUUGGUAGAGCCUCCGUGUAAAGAAGAUUGGGUUAGUGGUCUUCUUGAUUUGGAUGCAUUCCAAAUUGAGAAAAGCUUCAAUAUAGAAGAUAUUUCAAGCACUUUUGAUUAUGAUCAGAUAAAACUUGAUACUGAUGCAGUUCAUACUAUGCUUCCUAAAGGCGAGGAAAAAAGCCUAGAAUUUCCUUCAGAGGCGUCGCAAGGAAUCAAUUUUGGCGGUUCUGAAGAGAAUCAUUUUGAUACCAAACAUGCUGAUAAAGCUGUCAAAUCGGACGAUGGCUCCUGCAAUAAAUCUUCUUGUCUGGGAAAUGUUGGAUUAGAAAAUCAAUCCCAAAGUGUCCAUAAAACAGGCUCUGAUGAGGAGAUGGUCAAGUUGUCUUCUACAAGUAUGCCGGUGCUUAAUUAUACUUAUAACCAUCAUCCUUCUUUGCUAGACCAAGCUGCAGCUAAAGAAUUGGAUGAGGCCUUUAAGAACAUUUCUGGACACGAGACAUUAUUGAUCGACAAGAACUGGCCAAACAAAAAUAAUUUAUAUGGUUUGGAGAACUAUGCUCAGUUAGAAACUAGUCUGAACCUCAUGAAAUUUGAAGAAAUUUCUACCGAAAGUGAAGAUAAAACCAUAUUUUUAUCCAUUGUUGACUAUUGUGCAAGUUCCACCAUCCCCGUCACAGGACCAUUGAAUAGUGAGAGUAUUUCAGGACAGCAGCAGAUGAAGAGAAAGAGAGUGGAUGGCUGUGAAUCCAUCAAAACCUCAACUUCUGAUGUUAGCAAAAUAGAGUUCUGCUCAGAUGAAGGAUAUAGGGCAGAACCACUUGUCUCACCAAAAAGGUCAAGAAAGCCACCCAGGAGAUACAUUGAAGAAUCAUUGGAGUACGAAUCAAAAUCUAAUAAUAAAAAAUGUGGAAUAGGAAAAAGAUCAAAGGAUAGGAUUCUGUAUGAUAGAUAUCCGAAAUAUAAGUGGCAGAAUGCAGAACACAUGGUUUAUGAGGAUGAUUCUUUUAAUGGAGGGUGUAUCCAAGUUCCCUUUGGUCUUCCAAUGGAAAGAGAGCAACCCCACCCAAAGAAAAACAAAUCAUCUCUGGGCUCUGGGGUUUCCAAGGAAAAUAGACUUCUAGAUCCAAGCGAGAGGUUUGAUGUAGCUCUUAUAGUUGAGUCACAAGAAGACAUUUCUGAAGACGAGUGUGUUGCAAGGAGUUUUACUGCAAAAGGUAGCACCAGGAGAAAACGACAUAUAUCAUGGACAACUGAGGAAGUGGUGAAGUUAGUUGAUGGCGUUUCACAGUGCGGAGUGGGGAGAUGGACUGAGAUAAAGAGAUUACUUUUUUCAUCAGCUUCACAUCGUACAUCCGUAGACCUCAAGGACAAAUGGCGAAAUUUGUUAAGGGCUAGCUGUACCCAAUUGCAGAUCAAGGAAAAGGUUGACCAAGGACGAAAGCAAGCAACGAACUUUGUGCCGGAAUCUAUUCUGUGGCGAGUUAGGGAAUUGGCUGUUAUCUAUCCGUAUCCAAGGGACAGUAGGUCGAAGGUCUCCUGCAUUAUUCCGGCCGUUUCAUCCUUCCCAGCCAGCACCUCAAAUGCAUUGGUCCCUCUGUCAACUGCCGUCUGAGAAUGCGAUCAGUUUCAAUGGCAAAGAAUUACUGCAAAGCAUCGAGCUCAAACUACGAUAUACUUGUGGGGUAUACUUUGCUAACAUUAAUAGUAGAGGGGAGAAAAAAAAAAUAGUAGGAACGAAAGUGUGUCACCUCAGAAUGUCAAUAUCUUUUAAACUCGUGUGUAGGUAGAUGACCCCUCCUUUUCUUUUAGUAGUUGGUAUUACGCAUUACAUAACAUUACAUUACAUUACAUUACAUGUAGCAAUUAUCACGUUUGAUUCAUCAAUGCAUGAGUUUUCUGAGGAUUGAUUGUUUUAGUUCUGUUAUGGAGUUGGAAUCCCGCAAUCUGCGGGAAUGUUUGCCUCUUUGCAUGCCUCAGCAACUCAAACAUGACAACAUAAUUGGCAUGCCUUAGUUUCUAGUUACACGAGGGAAUUGUAGCUCAAGUAGACCCUUUUUUUGUGUUUUCCUUCGCAAAGGUUGUCAGCCUUUUCUUAUGAAAGUUACUUUAUAGUAGAC